AUGGGAUCCUGGGAGAUCCCAAUAAGCUGUGAUAAGUUCUGGUACUGUCGUCUGUCUCCUAAUCAUAAAGUCCUCCACUAUGGAGAUCUGGAGGAGAGCCCCCAGGGAGAGGUGCCCCACGAUUCACUGCAGGACAAGCUGCCGGUGGCUGACAUCAAGGCUGUUGUCACAGGCAAGGAUUGCCCUCACAUGAAGGAGAAAGGAGCUCUCAAGCAGAACAAGGAAGUUCUGGAGCUGGCCUUCUCUAUCCUCUAUGAGUCUGAUGAGUACUUAAACUUCAUCGCCCCCGACAAACACGAGUACUGUGUGUGGACGGAUGGUCUGAACGCCUUGCUGGGUAAGGAGAUGACCAGCGAGUUCACCAAGAGCGACCUGGACACCCUGCUCAGCAUGGAGAUGAAGCUCCGCCUCCUGGACCUGGAGAACAUCCAGAUCCCAGAGGCCCCGCCCCCCAUCCCCAAGGAGCCAAGCAACUACGACUUUGUCUACGACUGCAACUGAUGAUGAAAAGAUGAUUUGAACAAAACUCAACUCACUGGACCAAUAAUGUCGUGUUUCCCCUCUUUUUUUGUCUUAUUCUCUGAAAAGUUGUUACUGGAAGUUUGGAAAAAAAUGAUGAAAAAUUGAACUUUUAGAGAGAAACUGUUGCAUUGUACAAAAAAUGAACAAAAGGGAUUUAACUUUUUUCCUCUUUGCUAGAAAUGUCUAUUACAACAAGCAAGCUUCUUAAUAGGUGCACCGAUAUUUGACACACAGUUAUGAACUCCGCUUUGGGUGAGCUGCCACACAACGUCACAACAUUUAGCAAUGGAGGAGACGCCAACCAACCAAACACCUGACUUCUUCAAAAACUAUUCAACCCUCUACAACCAACCAACAGCCCAACCAACUCUUCUGUCUUAUUCAUGCCUUCCAUGUUCACAGAUAACAUCAACGUCUUUGGAGCAAGUCACCUAGUUGUCAUAGAAAUGCUGUAUUGUUGGACUCAGCCGCGCCUUGCUUUUCCUUGUCAGCUUCUCCGUAGUGUCCAUGCUAUCUGUGUAACGGUCCCUUACCUGUACAAGUAAGGUUGAAUGAGGGCUUUUUAAGAUGCGUCUUUGUGGGAUUUUGUUGGGAAGGGUUUGAGGAUGGAAAGACGACUUUGACAAAAAUGCCGCCCAUCUCGCAGUUAUACCAGAGAUUCUUUAAGUAUAGAGAUAUGCCAACAUAAUAGGUUUCUAUGGGCACCUAACAUGACCAGGUUCCGGUCUGCCUAAAGGGGCGUGUCAUAAUGCUCCUAGCAUUGAAUAGAACAGUCCUCAGGUCUGCCUAGGUCUGCCUAAAGGGGGAUUUCCCCCCCAAUAAUAGAACCCGGAAACAAUGGGCCAAUGGAACCUCUCUCUCUCUACUCUCUCUGGUUAUACUCUGUGGCAGCCGUAGAUGUGAAUAUGGUAUGAGAGGAUAAAGGUGGGACAAAGAAUGAUUGUUCUGGAGUUUUGUUGUUUUUAGGAGGAUGUGAUGAAUGCUGUGGGAACAGUAGGAAGAAGAAAAGCUCUUUCACUGCUCUCUGCCUGCUCUCAUCUCUUAUCUGCUUUCACUGUAGUGGCUAUCUGUAGACUGUUAUAAACCAGGGGUGCAUUUCUCGGAAGUGUAGUUGUUAGCCGUUAGCAACUUCGGUAGUUGCCAAUGGGAAAUUGCAUUGCAACCAACAAAGUAGCUACCGUAGUUAGCAACUACGCUUUUGAGAAAUGCACCCCAGGCUGUGUGGUCAAUGAGCACAGCCGCCCUUUACAACCCAGUAUCAAGACAUCGCCAUGGCUAAAGCCAAUCAAUGUUUGCUUCUGUCUCAGCUGGACCAUUUAUUUUUUUCUUUUCUUGUUUUUUUCCUUUUUAUCUAUUCAUCUUCCUUCUCUGUCUCUCUUAUUGAGUCCAUUCCAAUAAUGUGACCUUGUGUCCUCCACUUGUGCUUGUGGCCUUGUCCGGCCUCCUGGCGCCUCCUCCGUGGAGAAAACAAUAAAGUUUCCCAGCUGUCAGCCUAGCCGAAACAAUUUUUGGGGGACUGUUCUUCAUUCACCAUCCCAACUGCAAAGGUGAAAAGGACAUUAGAAUUGUUCUUUUGCGAGAUACUGAAAAACAAUGCUGUUGUCAGUGGUGUCAUCAUGACAUAUUACUUCCUGGUUCGAAGGCCACAAGCACAACUGGAGGACGCAAGGUCUCAUACUGGAACGCACCCAUUGUGUCUCGUUUGCUCUUGGUCAUGCUAAACCAAAAUGGGGAUCAGUGCAAAGACAAACGUGUUGCGUCAUUUCAGAGGAGCAAUAUUGAGAUUUCUAUUCUCUUUAAUUUUGUGAGUUGGCGUUCCACUCUUUUUAAUCUGUUUUUCAAAGCUUGUCAAGUUCUUGUGCGAGACGGCGUGCGGGGCGGGAGGAGAAGGGGUAGGGGGAGGGUGUCCAUUAUACUAUGUCUGUACAUUUAUCAGUAAAGGGAAGGAAAAUUUAUUUUGAUUCAUUUUGUUUUGUUUCUUUAGGUUUUUUAAAUUAGCUUUUAUUUUUAAGCCAUACCGCAUUUUGGAAAAUCCUAUUUAAUUUAAUUGAAAAGAAAUUAUUAUGGUUUAUUACGUUAGAAUUUUAUUUGCUCCCAUUUGUCAUUGGCUGAGUCCAGAAAUCUGCUGUUUACAUUAAAAAAUUGAAUUAAUGAAAGUGUGUUUGCUGUGAUUGCUUACGUCCAAUCCUCCAUCACUACAA